AACAGAUUUAUGACCACUUUUCUCUUUCUGUUGUUUCACACACACAUUUGCAGAGUCAUUUUACCAUGUGACCCCACUGCAGAUGAAAAGCUCUUCCACAUAUGCAUACUGUCGAUAUCUCUGGUGAUCAUGUUAAUCCUGGCGGCUCUCACCAGGAAAAACAAAUUCUGCCAAGGAUUCACAAGAGGCUCCUCCAGUAUUUUCAGUCCAGCCAACUUCCUGGACCAGACUCAGAAAAAAGGCCUGGUAAUGGCUGUUUUUGGACUGAUGUUCAGCAAGCUGGCCGUGCUGGUGAUCGCCCCGGACCCGCUGCCUUUCUCCAAAGACACUCCGGCGGAAAUUAAAGAGUACAUGAAGAUAAUCGCCAUCUUCUACUACCCAGUCCUGUAUUAUCCUCUGCUGGUCUGCGGCACUCUGCAGCGCAAAGCAGGUUACGUGUUCGGGGCGCUCCUCUCCUUCAGUCACUUCGGGGUCCUGGUGUGGCAGAAGUUUGACUGUCCGAAGACUCCAGAGAUCUAUAAGUACUAUUCUCUGCUUGCAAGUCUGCCUCAGCUGGCCUGCCUUGCGUAUCUCUGCGUCAGGUUUCCUCUGCUGUUUGUCAAAGGACCAAAGGCUGAAGAGGACCUCGAAAGCAGCUACUACUCCAACUACGUGAAGUCACUUCUCAAGAAAAACUCCUCAGCCGUCAGCUCUUCCGCCACAGAAAAACCAACGCUGGUGGAGAGAAUUCUGGAGGUGCCCAAGAGUUAUAUUUAUAUACCCGAAAAAGUGUUUCGUUUUCCGCUGAAGCUGGCGGUGUCGGCAUGUGUCGCCUCAGUGGCGAUAUAUCACACGGCGUUGCUGCUGGUCGUCCUGGUGGUCCCCACCCUCCAUAUCGUUCGUGCUGGUAUCGAUGAAAACAUCGCCUUCCUGUUACUGGGGUUCGGGAUCGUCCUGUCAGACGACAGGACGGAAGUCGUCAAGAUUGUGACUUUCUACACUUGGUUGCUGGAAGUGUGCUACCUCUGUGCAAUGACCCUGUCUUGCCUGGUCAGUCUUAUUAUGCUCAUGAGGUCCAUGGUUCUCCACAGGUCAAACCUGAAAGGACUGUAUAAGGGAGACAUUUACAACAUCUACAACAGCCAGAAGACCAUCUGUCCAUCGAAACCUGGUGUUGUCUGUUGGAUGGGCUUGACAGGAUACCAGGCCGCGAUCGUCUGCCUCGGAAUGGCUAUCCAGACUGUGGUGUUUUUCAUCUGCUUCUUGUUCCUGGUGUUUUUGAUCAUUAUCCCCAUUUUUCAUGGCCGUAACCUCAUCGUCUUUGAAAUCGCAGGAAAGGCAUGGCCGGCCUGGCUCACACUACUACUGGUUACGGUGCUUCAACAUGUGACCGCUAAGUUUGCUUUUAUCAGAAAGGAAGCUGGAACAAGAGACUUGAAUAACAGAGAGAGUCUGUUCCUCCUGACGUACCUGCUCUUCCUGGUCAACGCCGUGCUGGGACUGAUAGUCGCAAUAUGGAGAAUGGUGAUAACGGCUCUGUACAACAUCAUCCAUCUUGGUCGUAUCGACAUCGGCCUGCUGCACCGCAGCGCGGAGUCCUAUGACCCAGCCUACCGAUACUACACCCACUUCUUGAAGGUGGAGGUCAGCCAGUCACACCCGGUGAUGAAGGCUUUCUGUGGGCUGCUGCUGGACAUGAUGGUCGAGGGUGGCAGAGCUGGGCAGAAGAUACGAGACGCGGAGGAAGGGAUUCAGGCGAGUAGGCCGAGCAAGGCGACCAGCAGUCGGAGGAUUCGCUCUCGCUGGCGGCUGCUGUACACGCUGGUCAACAACGCGUCCCUGCUGGGCUCCAGGAAGCACUUCCAGACACUGCAGACCUCGGAGAGUGUCCUGAACGGCACCCCCAACCGCAGCUCCAAGAAAGGCAGCAGAAAGGAGGCCGGCAAGCCAGCCGCCGAGCCUGUCCAGGCCACCGAGACGCCACAAAAUCAAGAUAAAGCCGAAUGAGAUUCCUAGUCUAUUCAGUAAGGUCGGUAGUUUACUCCAAACAAAAUCGUAUUAGUUGUGGCGCUGUGAACAAAGCAUUGAGUGUAAUUUCUGGUCUGGAGGAACAUGCUGGGGUCUGCUCAGGUGAACAUUUGUGUGGGAACGCAUCCAGUGAGAUCUUGUUUGGAGUAUACUGUCUCUCUCAUUGACAAUGAGGCUAGAUUUUUACAUGGCCCAGCCGGUGGCACUAGAAUAAACUCAGUCGUCAGUCAGGGUUUAUCCUGAGUCUUUAAAGUAGGUCAACUCGGACACAUGGUGACAAACUCAUAGCCGGCAGAACAUUAGUCGUUGCAGAAGUCCAUGGCACAGUUUUUAAGCUUGAAACUUGCCCCUGAUGUGAUUUAUUUACCUUCACAUAAAUGGUUGAGUGUCUUGUGGACUCUACCCACAUCCCAACGAAGCACAGAUUCCUAUCUGCUACAGGCUGGCUUUAGAGUUUGUCUCCACCUGACAAAUACCCGUUGCCGAUGCACUUGUCCUCCGUUACAGAUUGCUCGGAUAAGCCCUGCAAGUCACAGGGCAGGUGGGCCAAAUGCCUCUUAGUCCCUGCCCCUCAAGGGCCCCAAAACCAGCGGUUUAAAACUUAAGAUAAAAAAGGAUCACUCACCAAGAAGCUAAUAGUGGCACCAUUUCUAAUAAAAUACUGCUACUUAACCAAAUAUAACUAAUAACUGAUAUGCAACCCCAUCAGCUCCAGCGGUAAUAUGAAUCAGGUCCUGGCAGCUGAUGACAAACUAAUCUUAACUGUGUCCCGCUAGUGCAAUAGUCUAGAGGCCUUUUAGUACAUUCAGGGUGACAUUGUACAGACUGAGCGUGCUGAUCAAUGCCAGCGUCAGAACUGGAGUGGCGGGUCGAUUGGAGGUCGCACGUUACUCCAUUUUCGGCCCUCGGUUAAUGCAGUCCUGUCAGCACGGGGCUGGUUCCCACUGCGUUCUCAGUUCUCCGUGGUUUGACGUUCUGGAGGAUUUUGUGAGAUCAUGGAUGGAAGAAUUUUAUCAACCUAUAUUCAGUAAAAACAUUAAAAUCUCCAAAACUGGAGUCAUAAGAACUUCAUACUUACUCCAGUGUAACCAUUGGUUGCUAUACUACAAAUUAUGGUGUAACAUAACUACUGUAAUUAAAUUAUACUAUACUAUUAUAUAACAUAAAUACUGAUGUUGCAGAUCAUCAUAUAUUAAGACGGCAGAUUACAGUUUUCUGUUAAAUGAUGCCUUUUAUUAACGGGUAUACCAAUAAACAGUUUUCCUAACAUGUGACAAGUGACUGCUGAAGAAAAAUAAAAGGCUCAAAUAGAAAGUGUGCUGUUAAAUUUGUUGCUUUAGUUAUAUUUCUUUCUAAAAACUAAAUUAGCAUAUUGUUUUACAAAAUCCACCAUUGAGAUAUCAGGUAAUGUAUUCAGUUUCAUGAUGCUGAUGUAUUUAAUU